AUCUGUCAAAAUUCUGGAUCUAUCCAUUACAGUACACUUUCUCUCAUUGGACGACAUGCUGCGCUGUUUACUGUCUAUGCGCAUGCGUAUGAAGACCGAAAGGAGGAAACUCGAUAUUUUUUGUAUAGGCCAUCAAAAAGUAUUAAUUUAUACGUUAAAACGAUAAUUUUUAACUUUAGGUAAGUGUUAUUUUCGCAAAGUUCAUACUUUCAAUAAUGCAACAAAAAUUGAGAAAGCGCUGGGAAAAUUGUCAUUUCAUACUUUUUGCGCAAAAUGAGCUGUAGUGUCUCUUUAAUGUACAAGAUAUCUAUCAAAGUUUAUAAGAUAUCUUACAUAGUUUAUAAUAUACCUUAUAUAUUUUAUGAGAUAUGUUAUAACUGUAAAUUAUAUGAGAUAUCUUAUAGAAUUAUUGGAUAUCUUAUCGAAAAUAGAAGAUAUAUCAUGGAUUAAAUAAGAUAUCUUUAUAGAGGAAUAAAUAUGGCGUACCAUGCCCUGGAGAUAGGAUGAGACUAGAAGAUUCGGGGAUCAAAUUUUACUUGAUAUAAUUUUCGAAUUAUGUUGUCCCAGUUUCUUCUGUUUAUGACAAAGAUUACAACUUAUUUCGUGGAGUAAUAAUAUACACAAAACUGAUGAGGUGCCCAUUAUACCAGAGAACAAGAGGGUAAAGAAGAUUUUGGUAGUGGCGUACCAGAGGAGUGGAUCGACUUUCACAUCAGAAAUCCUUCAACACGGAGGAAACCGGACAUUCUUCAGCAUGGAACCACUGUGGCAGAUUUAUAGGACUUGUUAUAGACGGAGCGAGGGCAUAUGUUGUCCCAACAACAAGUGUAGAUCACCUCUCCAUCCCUAUGAAGAAAUCAACAUAACAUUGUCAGUGUUUCGAUCAAUAUAUGCGUGCAAUUUCAACGCCUUACCUUUUGAAGUGUUAAAAUCAUUUGUGGCUUUCCCCAGCACAGGCCACAUGUAUAUCACAAAGUGCUUCCACAAUACAGCUAUAGUGCAUCAGAAUUUAUCUUACAGUUGUAACCAAAAGCUAGCGCGUAUUUGUGAGUCCUCAUCCGUCAUCAUUAUCAAGACACAUCGCAUUGACAUUAAGUUAGCUAAAGUAUUGAAAGCCUCAUUGGAUAACUUGCAUAUUAUUCACCUGGUCAGAGAUCCCAGGGCUGUACUUCAUACAAGGGCUAAAGUCGGGGCACUUACAAAGGACCCCAUUGACGUCCAGUCCAAGGCAUUGUGCUCAAUAAUGUAUGAAAACAUAAUGGAAGUCGCACGAAAAGCAGAUAUCCACACGUUAUUGUACGAGCAGUUGGUGAAAGAACCAGAGAGAAUUGUUAAACGCCUGUUUAAGUUCACUGGACUGAACUUUACUUUGGUCACUUCUGAGUGGUUACUACGAAAUACAAAAACAUCAAGGAUGGAAGACUCCAAAGACAAAAUCCCAUCAGAACAUUUUGGCAAGUUUUCUUCACAUCCAAAACAUUCAUUCGAAGUUUCCAGAAGCUGGAGAAAAAGAAUAUUAUUAAAAUCAAAUGAAAUUAUCCAAGACGCUUGUGAAAAGGUUUUGAAUGUUUUAGGUUUGUGUGUUUUUAAUGGAGAAAAGGAGCUUAGAAAUCUCAGUAUACAAGUGUUUUAAUGGAGAGAAGGAACUUAGAAAUCUCAGUAUACAAGUGUAAAAAGAAACAACAAAAAAAGCAUAGAUUCGAUAUACAUUUUAUCUGUAAUAGAGAUGAAACGCUUUUAAAAGAUUACAACUGAAGCAAAAUUGUAUCUCAUAUUUUCAUGUAGUGUAUUGUAUAAUUUUCUAUUGUACUAUUUUCUCCGCUUGAAUUAUAUUAUGUCUAAAUGGUAAA